UUUAGCUUAUGUUGCACUCCCUCGCAAUCUAAAGUUAACUGUUUCUACCUUUAGCAUCACGUACGGUCAGGAAUCAUGUCUCUCGUCGAAGAAAACUGGCAAACAACGCGACCAACCAUCAGGGAAAGAGCCAAGUUCAUGUUCAACACUGACCGCUUCAGCGAUGUGAAGUUCGUUGUUAGGAAGAUGGAUGGUGAAAUCGAAAGUAAAUAUGUAAUUCCUGCUCACAAGUUUGUUCUGUCGAUCAGUAGCCCUGUGUUUGAAGCCAUGUUUUACGGUGAGUUGGCGGAGACUAAAGACUCUAUUGAACUGCCUGACUGUGAGUACGAAAGUCUGCUGGAGUUGUUUCGUUUCAUGUACAGCGAUGAAGCGAACUUGAGCGGAAGUAAUGUGAUGGGAGUGUUGUAUUUGGCGAAGAAAUACUUCGUGCCUUCACUGGCUGAUAAAUGCACCGAUUAUCUACAAGAUAAGCUGGAUGCGUCAAAUGCUUUUAGUAUUUUACCUAAAGCUCAUCAGUUCGAUGAGAAAAAGCUGGUGAAACGAUGUUGGAAAGUAAUCGAUGAACACUGCGAAGAGGCUUUAAAAUCUGAUGGAUUUGCGGCACUUGAAAGAUCUUUAAUUGAAGAAGUAGUCAAACGCGACACACUGAAUAUUGAAGAGGUAGAGUUGUUCAAAGCUGUGGACUCGUGGGCUACAAAGAAAUGCAAAGAAGAAGGCUUGACUGCAGAUGGCAGUGUAAAAAGGAAAAUUAUUGGAGAGAAUAUCGUAAAAGCAAUCCGUUUCCCAGCCAUGAAGCAACAGGACUUCGCUGGUGUUGUUCUUGACACCAAGAUACUCACACCAGACGAAGUCUAUGAUGUUGUGAAGUAUUUGAACUCAGUGCUAAGCUCCUCAGUAGGAUUUCCGGUAAAGAAAAGGCAAGUUAUUUUUGCUUGUUGCAGAUUUGAAAAUUUGGACAAUGUUGACUCAAGCUAUUCUUAUUCUUCUGGUAAACAAGACUGUCUUUAUUUCUCAGUUGACAAAAACAUUUCGUUACUUGGAAUAACGUUAUGCGGGAGUGAAAACAGUGAAUAUUCUGUGACUAUACACAUAAAGAAAUUUGACGGUGUAGGUCUUGAUUCUGUAUCUGGGAAAUUUCUCUCUGUUCUCAUUGAAGAAGAACCGCAUUCCUUUUAUGGCUUCAGAAUUCUCUUUAACCAUCCAAUUGUCAUUGAAAAGGGAAUAAGAUAUCGUAUCGAAGCUUCUAUUUCUGGUGCGAAUUCCUGUUUUGGUCGAAAUGGUCAAAAGAUUGUGGCUUGUCGUGGGAUCAACUUUAGUUUUAAAAGCACCUCUAAUAACAGCGGUGGAACUGGAGUUGAACAAGGGCAAUUUCCAGAACUCCUUUUUCAAACGAUGUAACUGUUACAUCUUCUCAAUUGAACGCUGCCCCCGAUUACGCGCGGCACUCGUGUCCUGAAGCACCGCAUCUGAGAGCAAACAUUUCCAGAAGUUUCCUUCCCGAAGAAUAGCCUCAUCAAGUAUUAUGAUACAUAACUAGGUAUUGCAAAUAUUGUACAGCUCCGUUAACGACAACAGACCUCAAAUAAUCCCUGAGUUGAGCUGCAGAUGACCACGAAUGACCCCUUUAAAAAAUAUGGAAUGGCAUAGAUUUGUUUUUCUGACAUUCUAGAAACAGCUAAUUCGUUACAAACUUAAGGUAGAUGAAACCUAGAGACUAUAAACUGUUUAUAAUCUCUUGGUGAUACUUAGAUAUUGUAAAUGAUGACAUUAAGGAAAUUUAAUCAGCCCCUUUGCCUGUAGUUAAAUACGUAAGCCUUGAUCUGGAUAGUCCGGCACUUAAUUUAUGCCAAAUUGAUUCUGACCUUUCACAGAAAUCAUUACUGCUUCAAUGAAUGGAUAUGAAUUGCAAUGAGUUUAAUGAUUGAAAUUUCUAAAGAAAUGGCGUGAAAAGAUAGAUAAAUUAAUUUGCGUUUUUCCUGACCAAUUAGAGUCAUAACCAGGUAACUCGUAGAAGUAGUAGUAUUGGUUGUAAAUUUUUGUAAAAUCUUUGGUCAAGAAAUCUUAGCCUGUAGCUCGUAGCUCGUGGCCACGUUGCCACUAGUUCCAGUUAUAUUAUUUAUAUUGUUUUCGCGACUCACAUAAAUCUGCAAAAUACACUUAUGUUGUAAAAGCAUCAGUUUUCCUUACCUAAGUGAUCGUUUCAUCUAGAUCACUUGAGAUCGACAAGAAGAGAGCAUCCACAAACACUCCAUUCAUUAUAUGGAACCUCACCGGUUUUGCACUUGAUAUCUAAAGCUUACUGCGGGAUUGCGUUACGUUUUCUUCUUUGUCUGGAUUUUAUUUUUUUUCCAUAACCUUAGUAAUUUACAUUAAUCUUCUUUGAAAAGAA